GUUUUACAGCCGCGAGGAGAGAGAAAAGCAGCUUGUUUCCUCUCUCUCUCUCUCUCUCUCUCUCUAUUUGUCAUGUAUCGACGUGGGGUGGGUGGCUCUCUGUGUUGGAAAACCUUGUCUUUUUGAUGAAUCUCUCGCUCUCUCGCUCUCUCUCUCUCUCUCUCUCUCUCUCUCUGAUGGUUUCUCUCUCUUUCUAGGCCAGCUCUGAGAAGGGAGUGUUUGCGUAUGAUAAAUUUUCUCUCCAGCACCACCUUCGGUGUCAGAAGGAAGACUGUAAGGAGAAAAAAAAAAUUAUCAGAGCAAAAACAACAGUAGAGAAUGAAUGGUCUCUUGCAUCUUGAAGCAGAGGACUCUGAGUUUGUAGAAGUCGAUCCCACAGGAAGAUAUGGGAGGUACAAUGAAAUUCUUGGGAAAGGAGCUUCAAAGACAGUGUAUAGAGCAUUUGAUGAGUAUGAAGGGAUUGAAGUUGCUUGGAACCAGGUCAAGCUUUAUGAUUUUUUGCAGAGCCCUGAAGAUCUUGAGAGGCUCUAUUGUGAAAUUCAUCUCCUGAAAACACUAAAGCACAAAAACAUUAUGAAGUUCUAUACGUCUUGGGUAGAUCCUGCAAAUAGGAACAUUAACUUUGUGACUGAGAUGUUUACUUCCGGAACUUUGAGACAGUAUAGGCAAAAGCACAAAAGAGUUAACAUUAGAGCAGUGAAGCAUUGGUGCAGGCAGAUCUUGUUAGGGCUUCUCUAUCUCCAUAGCCAUGACCCCCCUGUAAUCCAUAGAGAUCUCAAGUGUGACAAUAUCUUUGUCAAUGGCAACCAAGGGGAAGUGAAGAUCGGCGAUCUCGGCCUUGCCGCGAUUCUCCGGAAGUCACACGCGGCCCAUUGUGUAGGGACACCAGAGUUCAUGGCACCAGAAGUGUAUGAAGAGGAAUACAAUGAAUUAGUUGACAUAUAUUCCUUUGGGAUGUGCAUCUUGGAGAUGGUCACCUUUGAAUAUCCAUACAGUGAAUGCACUCAUCCUGCUCAGAUCUACAAGAAAGUUAUCUGUUCAGGAAAAAAACCAGAUGCUUUAUAUAAAGUGAAUGAUCCAGAAGUUCGACAAUUUGUAGAGAAAUGUUUAGCAACUGUUUCCUCAAGGCUGUCCGCAAGGGAGCUUCUGAAAGACCCCUUUCUCCAAAUUGAUGAUCUUGAAUCUGAUGUAAAACCCAUAGAGUGCCAGAGAGAAUUUGACAACACGAACCCUUUGUUGAGACAACCCUUCCUUGAAUACCAUCACAGUGAUACCUCCUUCACCAAUGAUUAUUCCAAUGACUGUGGUAUAGAAGCUGAAAAUGGAUGGAAUUAUCAUCCUCCGUUUGAGAUUGAACACAGCGGAAUUGAGCUUUUCGAGUACCAUGAUGAUGAACAUUCUGCGGAUGUAGACAUUAGUAUCAAAGGGAAAAGAAGAGAAGAUGGUGGCAUCGUUUUAAGAAUAAGAAUUGCUGACAGGGAAGGCCGCGUUCGAAAUAUUUACUUCCCAUUUGACAUUGAAACAGAUACAGCACUUAGUGUUGCAACUGAAAUGGUUGCAGAGCUGGAUAUUACAGACCAAGAUGUGACCAAAAUAGCUGAUAUGAUUGAUGGGGAAAUUGUUGCCAUGGUACCAGAAUGGAAACCAGGGCCAGGAAUCGAAGAAACCCCUCGUUUUGCAAAUUCAAGCUUUUGUCAAAACUGUGCUUCAAAACAUACCUCUAAUGGUUCCCUCUUGAAUUUUCUAUCGACCAGUCCCAGUGCCAAGAACUUGCAUCUUUUGCAGUGCCCAUGUUCUGCAACGCACGGUCGGUUUGAAGAGAUCACAUACCAAGUUGAUGGGUCUGAGCAUAAUGAUACAGACGAGGCCACUGCAAUUGCAUUGAGCCACUCACACAAUUUGCAGUAUACUUGCGCUAUGGGCUCCGCAGGAAGGCCUGUGGUUUCGCUCCGUCUGCUCUGAGAAGACAUUCUGCUGAAACACAGGUAAGGACUCUUGGCUCGAGGGACAAUUCAGAUAGCUGAGACCGAUGUAGGAAUGGAAAAUGAAGCUUCAUCCCAUUGCAGAAAUUGUUUCGGGCAGUUACAUGCUUCCCACUCUUCAUCUGAGAAAGAUGUAGGAAUGGAAAAUAAAGCUUCAUCCCGUUGCAGAAAUUGUUUCAGACAAUUACAUGUUUCCAAUUCUUCCUCUGAAAUUCCUUCCUUUUAUGCCGUCCCAGAUGGUUACGAGAACGAAGUUCAGCACGAAUUAAGAUGGGCAAAGGCAAAGUAUCAGAUAAAAUUGAGAGAACUGAGGGAUUUUCAACUGGGAAGUAUGCCAAAAUCUUCAACCUUAUGUUCUGGUUCAGAUCACACACCAGGCAAAAUGCAGAAUGGUGCUACAAACCAUUCAAUUUCAAACUCAUUACAGCCAUACAGUAAUGAAAUGGCACAAAAAUCAAUUUCAAGAUUUGACGCACAUCUUCAGAAGAGCUGCCCCGAUUCGAGAACCCAAAGGGCUCGGAAUUGUGAGGCGAUCAAGGAGCGUCCAAAAGCACAGAACAUGUUCACUGCCAAGAGUCGCUAUACUGGUCCACUGCUCCCACAUUCUCUUCACAGGACAACAUCCUUACCAGUUGAUGCUGUUGACAUAUAAACCUUUUUUGCUGCAUAGCUACAUAACUAAAUAAGUACUCUUCUUCCAUAGACUCCAUAUAUUCAUAGAGGCUGCUGUAUAAUUAUCAAAUUCACCCUUUUUUGACUAGGAAUUAUAAAAUUCACCCUCCCAUUUGUUAGCAGAAA